AUACCCCUGACGCUGGUUAAGAAAUUGAAGGACGUUUCCGGCACCACCGUGAACGACGUCGUCAUGACCCUUAUCGGGGGGUGCAUCCGGCGCUAUUCCCUGGCCAAUGGGGAUGCUGCAGGCAACUCCAUUGGCGGGCCGGGGUUUCGAUCGAGAGCGCUGAUUCCGGUAGCCCUGCCUAGGCCCUCUUCCACCUCGGGAGCCAUCCUCUGCAACAAAUGGACGGUGUCCAACGUCCCUGGUCCCCAGGAGCCCGUGAGACUCGCGGGAGUUGGGAUGAAGAGGAUCCAUUUCGCGUUCUCGAACAUCAUGCCACAGGUGGGUGCCGUAAGCCUGGACGGCAAGCUAUCCGUCAACUUCGUCAUCGACCCCAUCUCUGUCCCAGACAGCUUCACGCUGUCGGCCCACUUCCUCGACGAACUAGAGGCCCUCGCGGCUGGUCUGGGCGUGGAGAUCUCCGGAGACAUGUCGGCGCUAAGGACGCAGGCAGACGCGCUCACCCGCGUGAUGGAAGCCGCCCUCACUGCCCCGAUGUCGUACUAG